AUGCGUUCUCCUAUACCAAAGCUUCUAAGUGAAUAUUUGAGCGGAAAAGCAUCUAAUGCAGUGAGGAUACCUAGUUUGCAGAAGCAACGAUGCCACCACCAGACAGGAGGCAUCAAGCACUUCCCUUUACACAUACGACCGUCCAUGAAGAAGACCUCGCCACCUUCAUCCCAGGCUCCUGGCGCGCCGCAAGAGUGCCCUCCCGCCUUGGCCUCCGGGAUGACCCUUGCUCCUGUGCAGGGGACGGCGCACGUGGUAAAGGGUGGGGCUACCACCUCCUCACCUGUCGUAGCCCAGGUACCUGCCGCCUUCUACAUGCAGUCCGUGCACCUGCAGAGCAAACCCCAGACGUUGGCUGUCAAACGGAAGGCAGAAUCUGAGGAGGAGAGAGACGAUGUCUCCACAUUGGGUUCAAUGCUUCCUGCCAAGGCAUCUCCAGCAGCAGAGAGCCCAAAGGCCCUGGAGGAGAAGAGCAGUCUUGGAGAGAAAGCUGAACCAGUGACCGGUGUGAAUGCUAAUACUCCAAGCAGUGAACUAGUAGCCUUGGCUCCUGCCCCGUCAGCACCCCCUCCUACACUAGCCAUGGUGUCCAGACAGAUGGGUGACUCAACCCCACAGGCCAUCGUGAAGCCCCAGAUUCUCACCCACAUCAUUGAAGGCUUCGUUAUCCAGGAAGGAGCAGAGCCUUUCCCGGUGGGUUGUUCUCAGUUACUGAAAGAGUCUGAGAAGCCGCUGCAGACCGGCCUCCCGACGGGGCUGAAUGAGAAUCAGUCAGGUGGCCCCUUGGGAGGGGACAGCCCAUCGGCUGAGCUGGAUAAGAAGGCGAAUCUCCUGAAGUGUGAGUACUGCGGGAAGUAUGCUCCCGCAGAGCAGUUUCGCGGCUCCAAGAGGUUCUGCUCCAUGACUUGCGCUAAGAGGUAUAACGUGAGCUGUAGUCACCAGUUCCAGCUGAAGAGGAAAAAAAUGAAAGAGUUCCAAGAAGCCAACUAUGCUCGUGUUCGUCGGCGUGGACCCCGCCGUAGCUCCUCUGACAUCGCCCGCGCCAAGAUCCAGGGCAAGCGCCACCGGGGUCAAGAGGACUCUAGCUGGGGUUCGGAUAAUUCCAGUUACGAUGAAGCACUCUCUCCGACAUCUCCUGGGCCUUUAUCUGUGAGAACUGGGCAUGGAGAACGUGACCUGGGGACCCCCAAUACGGUACCACCGACGCCAGAAUUACAUGGCAUCAACCCUGUGUUCCUGUCCAGCAAUCCCAGCCGCUGGAGCGUAGAAGAGGUGUAUGAGUUCAUCGCUUCUCUACAAGGCUGCCAAGAGAUUGCAGAGGAGUUCCGUUCCCAGGAGAUUGAUGGACAGGCCCUUUUAUUACUUAAAGAGGAACAUCUCAUGAGUGCCAUGAACAUCAAGUUGGGCCCUGCCCUCAAGAUCUGCGCCAAGAUAAACGUCCUCAAGGAGACCUAAGGUGGCCCUCUUGCACACACGAGCCGAAGGCGGACACUCUCCACUGUCCAGGUUAUAACCUGGUAGCAGCAGACUUUACAGGGAAGAAAGAGCUGUUCCAAUUACGUAAAUCUUCUGGAGAGGGGAUUACUGAGACAGGAAGAAAAGUGCAAGAAUUGGUUGCUGGUGCUACAUGGCGGCAGCUGUGACAUUUUCUCCGGGUUCUACCUUCAUUUUUAAAAGUUACGGUUCUCGCUUUUCUCACUUCCCCUGAUCCAAUCUUUAUAAAAAGAGGCAGUCUAGAGAAGUAGGACUGCUCCGCCUUAUCCUGGAGUGGAGUACAUAGCCAGGGCCUCAGCUCUCCGGGAGGAGGAACAGACCGUGUGGAACCGUAAGGAAGUGGGUGGAACGCGGGUGCGCCUCCGCAGUGGGAGAGCGAGGUGGGGUUUUUCUAGCUGGCGUGACACGAGCGGCAAAAUCUGGUGGCCCCUCUCUUCCCUCUGGACCGCCUGGCCGUGGCCCGGGGUCUUUGUCGUCGCUCCCUCGGUACUGAACGUUUUCUCCUGCGUUCCUGGCAGGGUCACCAGCCCGCGCAGAGACUCGGUCGGCAUCAUUCUGAUCCGCCGCAGGGGCUAAAAAGUGUUGGGCACGCGUGUGGCUGUCAUUCGUUCCGCAUCCCCGUGCUCCCUUCAG